AUGUUUGAGGCAGACGUAGAGGACCCAACAGGGGCGGAGGACGACGAAGAGGAGGAGGAGGAAGAGGAAGGAGAGGUACGGCCUCGGACAAUGAGGGAAGGUGCUGGGAACACGAUAAAAGCGGAGGCGGAGAAGAACUCCACCCAGUCUACCUGCUGCCCGUGGGGGCGGCAUCGGAAGCACCGCAAGCCGCCCUCGAACCCUCCCGGCUGGUCGGAGGGGAAGAGCACGGCCUACGACGUCGCUCAACGCCCCAACAGAGUUGUCGUCAUCAACGCAGAGCAGGAAACCGAAUUCGCCUCUAACAUGGUACGCACGGCCAAGUACGAGUACUACGACUUCCUACCAAGGUUCCUCUGGGAGGAGUUCAACCCCGCCACCAAGAUAGCCAACGUCUACUUUCUUUUCAUCGCUGCGCUGCAGGUGAUACCGUCGAUCACCAACACCUUCGGUAUCCCUCUCAUGUUGCUGCCUCUCUUCUUCGUCGUCUGCGUGGACGCCAUCUUCAUGAUCUUCGAGGAUAUCGCUCGACAUCGUGCAGACAGGCAUGCGAACUCGUCACUCACUAGAGCGUGGGACCGUAGGUCGGGGGAGUUCAAGUACAUCACUUGGAAGGAGAUUGAAGUGGGAGAUCUGAUUGUGAUCAACAACCGGGAGCCCAUCCCCUGCGACGUGCUCAUCAUGGGGGUGGACGAGCCAAUCUCGCAGUCACCGGCUGGCGUCGCGUACGUCGAGACCAAGUCUCUGGAUGGAGAGACUAACCUCAAGAUUCGACAGGUGGUGAAGGGUGUGGUGGGAAAGCUGCUCACCCCUGAGGACUGCGCCAAGCUGUCCGGCCGCGUGGUCAUGGAACACCCGGACAAGCUCAUCAACAAUUUCAAGGGCAAGCUUCUGCUCCAGUGGCGCAACAAGAAGCGCCGCGGCACGACCAACAGCAUCCCGGCAUCCAUCGCCGACCUAGGCAAGCCCGUUGUUUACAACACCGAGCAGCAGGAGGCCGCCGCCGACAACGACGGUGGCGAAGGAGAUAACAGAGGUCACCGGGGAGAAGCGGGAGCGGAGCAGGCGGUGCGGGUGGAAGACGGGGCGGACCAGGAGGGGGUGGAGGGGGUGGAAGGGGCUUUCGCGUCCGAGCCGAUCUCGGCGGACAUGCUGCUGCUCAGGGGCUGCGUGCUGAGGAACACGCGAUGGGUGCUGGGGCUCGUGCUGAACACGGGGCCGGACACCAAGAUCAUGAUGAGCAUGUCGAAGGCUCCCUCAAAGGCGAGUCACCUGUCCAGCCGCAUCAACGAGGAGAUCAAGAGGGUGGCGGCCGUCAUGGGCAGCAUCUGCAUUCUCGGCGCGAUGCUGACGACCCUCUGGAACGCUCAGUACCAGACCUCGAAACCAUACCUACGGUUCGACAGCGCGAGCGACAGCCUCGCCGGCAUGUUCUUCACCCAGUUCCUCUACAACGCCCUCCUGCUCAACUCCUUCAUCCCAAUCUCGCUCUACGUCUCCAUGAACUUCGUCCGGUUCCUGCAAAGCUGGUUCAUGAACCAGGAUCUCGACAUGUACCACGCAGAUUCCGACACGCCGACCAGGGUGCGGACCAUGAAUCUAAACGAAGACCUUGGACAGGUGUCUCAUAUCUUUAGCGACAAAACCGGUACCCUGACGUGCAACAUCAUGGACUUCAGGAAGUUCAGCGUCGGCGGGGUCUCGUACGGCUUGGGAAUCACGGAGAUCGGGCGCGCCGCGAUGUUGGUGGAAGGCGAGAAGGUUCCCGCGGACGUAUUGAUGGCCGAAGAAAAGGCCAAGGAUCACGCGGUGCCGCAUGUAAACUUCUACGACCCGUCUGUCUACCAGGAUCUACAGGGAAAGGGAGAACGGGGGCAGGACCAGGCCCGCAAGAUCAAGGACUUCUUCACGGCACUAGCUCUAUGCCACACGGUCAUUCCGGAGAGGUUCGAAGACACUGACGAGGUGAUGCUGUCUGCCUCCAGCCCCGACGACGAGGCGCUGGUGCUCGGUGCCAAGUACUUCGGGUUCGAGUUCGUCAAUCGCAUCGACAGCAGCGCCAUCCUCCACACCUGGGAUGUUUCCACACCACCUUCACUACCCACAUGCCCUAGAAAAAGCCGCAGCGAAGGCGGCAGCAUCGGAACCUCCGCGAGCGGAAGAAGCAGCCACGGCGGCAGCAGCAGCGGCAGCCACCGCAGCCGACGAAGCGGCAGCGGCGACGGCAGCACCCGGAACAGUAGGAACGGGCGCACCGCCACGACGGCCUCCGCGGCGGAGCCGCUUCUGGUGGAAGUGGAUGCCAAGUCAGUUGUUGUGAACAGCUCGUCUCACGAGGAAGAGGGAGGAGGGGAGGGAGGAGAUCAUCCGGGGGUGACAGGAGAGCAGACGGCAUUAGGGGUAGGAGGACUAGUGGAAGGUGUAGCUGGGGGAGACCACGACGAAGGCAAACCCCAAGUCAACCGGGUGUACUACGAGGUGCUUCACGUGCUGGGCUUCACGAGCGACCGAAAACGCAUGAGUGUUAUCGUACGGACCGAAGACGGCACCAUCAAGAUAAUCUGCAAGGGGGCCGACACCACCAUGCUGCCUAGGCUCCGUACCGACUUCCCGGGAGCAAAAAAGUCCAUUGACGAGACGGUGAGGCACAUGGACAUCUAUGCAAGGGAAGGCUUGAGGACCCUCGUCGUGGCGCAGGCGGAGCUAGACCCUGUGGCCUUUGCGAAGUGGGAGGAAAGCUACCAGAAGGUUUCGAACGAUCUGGUUGAAAUGGACAAGAGGAACAAGGGAGAGCCGAACCGCAUCGAGGACUGCAUGGAACUCAUCGAGGCCAACCUUGAGAUUCUCGGAUCGAGCGCGAUCGAAGACAAGCUUCAGGCAGGGGUUGCCGGCGCCGUUUCCGACCUCAUGGCGGCAGGGAUCAAGAUUUGGGUCUUGACGGGGGACAAGUCUUCCGCUCAGCCUUACCCAACAGUGGCUGACUGCGUUUCCGGCAGGGAGGAGACGGCCAUCAACAUUGCCGUGGCGUGCCAGCUGCUGUGGACUGAGGCGAGGAUGUACCGCACUGUCAUCAAGCUGAAGGGGACCGGGGAAUCGGAAACGGAGGAGAUCAAGGAGGCUCUCGAAGACUUCUUGUCGAUGUACGUUGAGGAAAGGAAUCGGUUCGAGGCAGACGAUACUGGCAAGGUCGCACCCCCACUCCCUCGUGGGCUGAUCAUCGAUGGACCUGCCCUCCUCGAGGCCAUGCAGACACCCGAUUCCCAGGGGGCGUUAUUGCGGGCGGCUCAGAAGGAGCGCUUUGCCCCAGCGAUACCGGAACGGCCUUGGGACCGGUCCAACCAGGCCGUAGUUUUGCUUCCAAACCCCCGCUUUUCUCCUUCCCGAAACUGGAUAUCGAUUGUGUCUCCGACACCGUUUGCAACCUUAGAAAAUUUGAAAGGGUCCAAAACAAUCCUUAGCGAGGCGCAAGGAUUUUUUCGAGUCUCACUCUGCUCGGCACCAUCCAUUGCGGCUGACGGCUGCGAUAUGUUCGUGACUAGGCUGAGUCUCAUCAAGUCCAUAUUUCGUUGCUAUUCGAUCCAACGUCAGACUUGCCACAGCGUCAUUGGGUGUCGGCUUUCGCCGGAUCAAAAACGAGCUCUUGUGGCUCUCGUUCGUGAGAACGUUCCGGGAACUCGAACGCUCUCCAUAGGGGAUGGGGCAAACGACGUGCCCAUGAUUCAGAGGGCUCACAUCGGCGUGGGCAUCAGUGGACAAGAGGGAAUGCAGGCCGUGAACUCCUCAGACUACGCCAUCGCGCAGUUCGCCUACCUGAGAAAGCUGCUCCUGGUGCACGGCCGGUGGAACUACCGGCGUUCCAGCCGCGUUGUGUGCUACCUCUUCUACAAGUCGGUCAUGUUCGCUUGUCCCCUCAUCUUUUACGCGUACACCAACGGUUUCAGGUGA